AUGGACGGCACAGUCACCAAGUACAUAAUUACCGGUGCGGUUUAUCCUGAGCCGGUAGGGAGAUAUGAGGAGGGCGAUCCACGGAUGUGGAGAGAGAAAUUUUGCGAUGAUGUUACUGUUCCACUGGAAUCAUGGUUACAUGGAAUCCUUGAAAAGUACAAGAAGUUUUUAUACUUUGGUGUUCCCCGCCACAACGACCCAGGAGUGCUUUGGCGUGACCAGGAAUGGAGCAAGGACACACAGGAGAUUAAGGAGAUUCUGGUUGAAAGCGGAUGGCCAGAGAACUACAAUGCUGAAGAGGGUCGCAACAGGUUGGCGCAAUGGUUGACGCAGGCAAACAUAUAA